AGUUCCUUGCCACCUACACCGGUCUCAAUGGCAUUAACUUACCAUCUAAAGUGUAUGAUGAAACGAUGCCAUCUUGGAAUUUGAACGUUAGUAAUGUCGUGGGCGAGAGCAAAGACUGGAGAAAUGAAGAAGCUGUAACACCUGUCAAAAAUCAAGGACAAUGUGAACACGCAUAUCCUUACCAAGAGAAAGAUGGGAGUUGCCGGCCCAACAUCAAACCCGCCAUGCAGAUCAGAGGUGUUGGCUAUGUUACAGAAAACAACGAGAGAUUGCUCGAGGCUGUAUCGAGACAACCUGUAUCGGUGUACAUUGACUGUAGCGAGGCCGGUUUCAUGCAUUAUGCAGGGGGAGUGUACAAUCCGCCUGACUGUGGGAGCACCAUAAAUCAUGGAGUGACGUUGAUUGGGUACGGAACGAGCCCGGAAGGCAUUAAGUACUGGUUGGUUAAGAAUUCUUGGGGUAAGAUUUGGGGAGACAACGGCUUCAUGAAACUCCGUAGAGAUGUGGAGUGGCCUGAAGGUAUGUGUGGUAUAGCUCAGAUGGCUUCUUAUCCAAUUGCG